AUGAAGUUCCACGUGAUUCUGUUGUUUUGCGCUUACGUCAUUGGCCAGAAGGCGCCGCCGCUGCCCGCCGCCGACAAGGCGCUCGUCGAGCACUACAAACUGGCCCUGGAGGCGGUGUUCGGCGUCGGCAUCCGCCUCCAGGCGUUCCUCGACGGCGGCGAAAGCGACAACUUCCUCGUCAGUCCGAUCAGUGCGACUGUUAUUCUUGGCCAGUUGAUUCUUGGAGCUGAAGGCGAGUUCCGGAAGCAAUUAGUCGAGUUAUUGGCCUUGCCCAAGGGUCACCUCUACGAAAACGAUGUCUAUUACAUCGAAAACAAGAAGAAUGUCACGUUGCAACAGUUGCCCUAUUCCACGCUGCACUUACAGCUGUCCAACCUGCUGAAGGCGCUGGAGAGUGGCAAGGAUGAAAGGAAACACUUUAUGCUCAAGCAGAAAAGUGCGCUUUUUGUCGACAACACAGUCGACUUGAAUAAAACGUUCAGAGGCAAUCUGAGGAACUUUUAUCAGACGAGGAUCAAGUUCUUCGACUUUCAACACAAACAAACAGAGGCCUUGACCUGGAUCAACACCUGGGUGAGCAACAACACCCGGGGCCUCAUCACCUCCAUCCUCCCUGAGCCCCCCUCCCCCAGCACUCGCUCGAUCUUCGCCAACUUCAUCUACUUCAAGGCCGACUGGGAACUUCCCUUCAGCCACGAGCUGAACCGUGAGGGCCUUUUCAGCGUCACGGCCACCGAAACAAUCCCAGUAACUUACAUGAUCAACUUCCUCGAGCAAAUUCCCUACUUUGAAUCCCCCGAUUUCCGCCUCAUCUCCAUCCCCUACGUCAACCAAGAGCUCGGCAUGUACCUAAUCCAGCCGAGCAGCAACAGUCCGUACAAAUACGACAUCAAAAACUUUGUCCAAAAUUUGAAAUCGCGCCAGAUUUUGGAAAGUGUGGAACAAGCCCGUCGUAAGGACGUCGUGGUCAAAAUCCCGAAAAUGUCGCUGCGGUACAGCUUCAGUCUCCUGAACCAGUUGAAGAAAUACAGAGCGUUCAAAAAGACAAACAUUAAAACCAACUCGACGAACGUGGUCGACAAGCUCGACGAUCGAGUCGAUGCUUUCAACAACUUCACAAAAGUGGACGAAAAGGACGUUUUUCUGACCGCGGCUGCCAGUAACGGGGGCUUGCGAGUCGACGAAAUGGUCCAACAAGUCGCCAUCACGAUCAACGAAAAGGGCACCGAAGCCGCCGCCGUCACCGCCGCCACCAUCGACUACAUGGGCGGCUCGAAGAACUUCGUGGUCGACCGCCCCUUCGUCUUCUUCAUCCGACACGAGGCCACCGCUGCGACCCUCUUCUGGGGCACCGUCUCCAAGCCCAAAUAGCCAAGACUGAACUAGUGAUAGUGUCAUUGUAUUUAUUUAUUUUCUAGUUAAAUAAACGAUUUUACCUU